GCUUUCGUGUGGGGCGUGUGAAACCAGGAGGUGUGCUGGGUUGCCCAGGGCCUCACAGGCUCUUGGCUUCCCUCUUGGUUUCCUCCUCAUGCAGAGGUGGACAUUGUGGUCCCUGGGGCCUGAGAGGUAUGCUUCAAGCCCCACCAGGGCACCCCCAGGCCCAGAGUCACCUUCCACUCACUGGCUGUCUUCUACGCAGUGGGCAGGAUGGCAAAGAUGGACGCCAGCCCCCUUUAAAGACACCUGGGGGGGCGUCCACGUGGCCAGAUGCUCGCCCGCUUGGUGCCCACUGUACAGACAUCCCUCACUGGGCCCUGGGAAGACCCUCACACCUUCCACUUCCCACGCAGCCUGGCUUAUUGAUCUGCCUGAUAGUUAAUGCCUCCUGGCAGCUCCUGCUGCAGCUCCUGCUGCAGAAGCUGCCUCCGCUGCAGAGCCUGGAGAGAACAGCAGAGCCUUUCUUAGGGUUAACCGUAUUGGGACGUUUGUCCAGCACUGGCACAACCAACUUAGGGACCAGCCCUGGGCAGCACCCAUGCCCUGAGGGUAGAGAAAACGUUCGGACCGGAGGGGCUUCUGUGCCCAUCUCUGCUUAGAGAUCCACCUCCUGGGCGGGCCACCUCCACCAGUGCCACCUCCAGGCGGGUUGAGCACACAUUUUGUCUUCACUUGGGGCAAUUGUGUCCCCCUCAGCUCCAGAGGACGCUCACACUCCAGUGACCAGUGUCCCUACCCAGAAACUGCCUGCAAAGGUGCUUUUGUUUCUCUUUGUAACGUGUGGUCCAACACAUGCACAAAAGCGCACCGGCUGUAAGCGCUCACGGGGGACGAAGUCUCACAAACCAAACCUUCCAACAGGGCCCAGACCCGGAGACCUGCGCGCCCGCGCCCUGUCACUACCGGAGGGACGCGCACCACCCCCUGCAGCCCCACCCGCCCAGAUGCAGCCUCGCAUCCUGCGCAGUGCCCCCGGGCCCCCUGCGGCCCCGGCCGCGGCUCAGGUUCACUCUCUGGGUUCAAGACGGGAGCGCUCCGGGAGCUCCGGUCCUGGAGACGCCUCAGGUCCUCCAGCCCACCCCCGACGGUCCGAGGCCCUCCUCACUCUGCUGGCCCGGCUCAGAGUCGGGUCGGCCGGGUGCCCCAUAUUCCCCCCGGCGCCCGCGCACCGGCCAGGGAGGGGCCGGGAGGGGCCGGGAGGGGCGGUAGGAACCUGGAGGCCGGCUCACGUUUCCCAUCGGCGGAACCUGAGCGCUGCACCGCGCUCGCCCGGACGGUGGCGGACGGACUUGUGUCGCUAUGGCAAUGCGACAGGAGCUGGGGUUGCUCAGGGUCCCGAGCCCUGCGUGAGGCGAAGGCGCGGCGCAAGGCCUGGGGCGCGGCGCGGACGCGGGAGGGUCCUUCGCUCGCGGCCUCUCGUCGCUUUCCGGAAAAAGCUCUGAGAAACUCAAGACUUUGCAGGCCGCGGUGUGUGGACGCCCGGAGCCAGGCGGGCCGCCAGGAUCCCCGCGCGGAGUCCCGCAGCCCCAGCAGACGCUCGCCGGCUCCAGAUUUGUGCGGCUCAACACUCUGCUCCCUGCGGCGCCCAUAGCUGCUGCGAUGCCGCCCCCUCCCUCGGAGCAGGCCCUGAGCAAGCUGCUGGCUCGCAAGGAGGAGGAGUGGAGGGCGCUGCAGGCCCAGCGCUCCCAGCUGCAGGAGGCGGCGCUGCAGGAGGUGCACGGCCGGCUGGAGGAGGCCCAGCGCAGGCUGCAGUGCCUGCAGGAGGACUUCCUCUACAACCUGCAGGUGCUAGAGGAGCGGGACCGCGAGCUGGAGCGCUAUGAUGCCGCCUUCGCCCAGGCCCGACGGCUGGAGGAGGCCCGGCAGGCCGAGGUGAGCGAGCUCAAGGUCGAGGCGGCCAGGCUGCGGCAGAGGCUGGCCAGGGAGGCCCAGCGGCUGGAGGACCUGCAGCAGCAGCAGCAGCGGAGGGAGCACGAGCACCGCCUGGAGCUACAGCGGGUCCACAGUGACAAGAACGGAGAGGUCGACCAGCAGCGGGAACAGUACGAGAAGCUGAAGUGGGCGCUGGAGAGGAAGCUCGAGGAGCUCGACGGCCAGCUUGCCCUGCAGAGGCAGGAGCUGCUGCUGGAGUUUGAAUCUGAGACGAAGAGGCGGGAGCAGGCGUUCCGGCUGCAUGUGGACAGCGUGAGCGGUGUGGUCUUGGCACAUGAGCUCAAGGUGAAGCUUCUGAAUGAGGAGCUAGGGGCCCUGAGGAAGGCUGGUGCCCAGGCAGCCGAGUCUCUGCAGAGCGCCCAGGCUGCCAACUCGGAGCUGGAGGACAAGCUACAGCGGGCCGCCUGGGAGCUCAGGGACCUCGCCACCGUGAAGGACGCCCGGAUAAAGGAGUUGGAGGACAGACUUCAGUCUGCGCAGCUGACCUGGAAGAAAGAGGAGGAGACAUUCAGGAGGAAGCACGAGGAGCUGGACCGCACGGCCCGGGAAAGGGACACGGUGCUGGUGUCGGUGAAGGAUGCCCACGCGGAGCAGCUGCGGGCGCUGGAGGCCCGGGUCCUGGAGCUGCAGGCCCAGUGCGAGGCCCUGGAGCUGCAGGCCCGCCGGGCCGAGUGGAGGCAGGCGGACGCGCUGAAGGAGAAGGACAGCGCCAUCGCCCAACUCCGGGAAGAGGCGUCCACUCUGAGGUCCGGCUGGGAUGACCAAGUCGCCCAGCUGUCCAAGGAGAUGACCUCCAGAGACCUGCGGAUCCAGUCACUACAGCAGGAGGAGGCAGAGCUCCAGGCGCAGCUGGCCCGGUGCCAGCAGGACGUCAGCAGGUACCAGCGGCAGCUGUCUCUGGCCACAGAGAGGGAGCAGAGCCUGGAGCGGGAGAAGGCCCAGCUGGGCCUGGACUGGCAGCGGCGCUGUGCCGGCCUGGAGAGGGACCACUACCGCCAGUCUGAGGAGCUGAUCCAGGGGCUGAGCACGGCCAGAGAGCAGGUGGCUGCCAAGCUCCAGGAGGCAGAGCGGAAGCUGAGUGAGCAGGAUGUGGUGCUGAAGGCUGUGACCCUCGAGAGAGACCAGGCUCUGCAGGCCCUGAGGACCCACGGGCUCCUCCCUGAGCAGGAGCUCCAGGUGCUCCAGAGGCUCCAGGGAGAAGAAGCCAGUACAGGUUUCCUGUCCGGCGAGAUCCGGCGGCUGCAGGAGCGGAACUCGAGCCUGCGAGACGCCGUGGCCCGCAUGCGGACGGAGAUGGAGGCUCUGAGCGAGCAGGUGCUGCCUCCCACCCCACGGGCCAGGGAUGGAGACUCGGCCCAACCACCUCAGCCUGACGCACAGGCCACCACCCCUGAUUAUGUUCUGGCCCUCGAAGCAGAAGUACAAAAUCUCAAGGGCAAGUUUAAGAUGCUGGAAGAACAGCUGGGAGAUGUGCCAGAGCCCCCGAAGGCACCCUUGUCACAGAGCGAGGCCCCGCCCACUGUCCCUCCCGCAGCAGAAGGCACAGAGGACACUGCACCCCGUGACAGCGUUUCUGUGGGGCUGGCACUCAGGGGGCUGGGAGACAGAACGCGUCUGCUGAACCUCCUGGUGGCCCGGCUCCGGCAGAAGGUACCGCAGGAGCCUCUGGCGGUGGACGCCGUCGUCCAGUGCGCGCUGCCCCACGAGGUGGACCAGGUGCACCUGGAGGUGCUGGAGCUGCAGAGGCAGGUGGCUGAGCUGGAGAAGCACCUGGGGACAGCGAGACAGGGAGGCGGGGAGCCUCCGAGCAGGCGGCAGCUGCGCGGGCCCCAUCGCACGGCCCCAGGGAGACAGGUCCCGGCAGCUGGGGGACCCUUGGGGACCGGGGACACUGGAGCACCGCCCCCACAGGCCCCCUCGGUGCAGCAGCUCCAGCGGAAACUGAAGGAGGCGGCCCGGACGGCCCUCCGCCUGCAGCUGGAGAAGGAGCAGCUGCUGGAGCUGGGCAACCGGCUCCGCGCCCAGCUGGGCCGGCCCGCAGCCCAUCAAGGUGACAGCCGGACUCGUGACGGGGAACCCGUGCCAGGACACGGCGGGUUUCUCGGAACUCCACGCACUCUCUGGGCACUGGGCGUGCACACUCAGGAGGAAGCCUGGCGCUGCUUCCCGUCUGUGGACGCCCCCCCUGCCCUUCAACACUCGGCGAGCCCAACGGCACCCCUUCCUUCCGUGAAGAGAGGAGACGGUUCCAAAAUGUUCUAGAGUUUUCUGGGAACCGUCAGGGCUCCUUCAAGUUAAAAAACUACAGUGUUUGAUAUUUGGGAAGCUCGUAGAAACGCUUGGUCAGACAGGCCGAGGUGUCGCUGUGAGUCAGGACGUCCCAGCCGCCGGCUAAGGCAGGGGGCAGAGCCCCCCGAGACUCAGGAGGCGGGGGAGCAGUCAGGUCUACGCCCCGUCCUGCACAGAGCAGCGUUUUGGUAGGACACACGAUCUCGCUUUCCGAGUAGAUCACUUAAAAAGUAGAGUGAUGUUCACUAUCUAUCAUCCAAAGCAAACCAGAAGUUCAAGGAAACUGUCUUUUUAACAGAAAGAGAAAGCCAGUGUUAAUUUUAAACCAGUGAACUUUUGGUAUUCAAAUUCUAUUUAAAAUAACUGUAUUUUAAUCUUAGCUUGACCAUGCAUAAAAUCUCUUUCCAAAGAUUUCUUUUUCACAGACUUCCUGUGCAUUUCUUUUUCACAUUCACAUUCUGUUCUCUCCUCCUCACAUGGGGCUUCAGGGCAAAUUUCUUUCCCCUCACAAAGGCGUUUUCAUACCUCAGACCUUGCUCACUGAAACACACUCUGCCUUCCUAGCAGGAAGGAAGAUGUUUCCCUUAUUACUUCUGUAGCUUCGAUCACACAUGUUACUUAGAACAUUUAACCCUUAAAGAUCUUAAUGCCCAGUGCGCACUCGGAAGCAGGUGGCUUCGACCUGUCCCCACGGUCCUGCUGCACGAACCAGCAGGCGCACAGGUGCCUUCUGACCUCCAGAAAUGUGCUUCUUCGUGAAAACCAAAACCUAACAGAGCUCCACCCACCGGCCGGAACGCCUCCCGUCCGUCCGUCCAGUGCUGAGUGUGCUGCUCGCUCCCCUGGUCGGGAAGCGACAGAGACUGGCAGUGAGUGCCCGCCGUGCGCUUUCGCCCGAAGCGAGGCCCUCGGGGUGCGUGUUACCCAAGAGACUCUGGGCACCGCUUCAGCAAACACAGGCCGUUGCGAAAGGGCCCUCCACUCAUCUCUAGUCCAUCGCUUCAGUUUGUUUGCUUUUCAUAAUCGCCCUGGGGUGACUCAUGGGGACUUUACCUCAGUGGUCCUCAACCUAUUUGGCCCCGAGAGUCGGUUUCACAGAAGAGGGUUUUUCCACGGGC